CCACGGUGAUGACUGGGGAAUGGCCACAAGGGGACAACCACGGUGAUGACUGGGGAAUGGCCAUGGUGCUGACAAAGCUGUGAUGGUAACCAGGGGACAGCCACAGUGGAGAUGAGUACAGUUGUGCUGGUAAUGAGAGGAUGGCCAUGGUGAUCACUGGAGGAUAGCUGUGGUGGUAGCAAGAGGGUGGCCGUGGUCAUGACGAGGGGACAGUAGGGUGGGUGACCAAGGGGUGGCUACGGUGGUGACAAGAGGAUAGACAUGAGAGGACAGCCGUAGAGGAGAGAAGGGAUGGCUGUGGAGAUGAGGGAACAGCAGUGAUUCUGGCAUUACUGGGAGAAGCAGCUAUGGUGGCUGCUUAUGGUGGCCCUGCUGUGGGGACACUCUCUGAGGAGGUCACCAGCUUAAUGGUACCUGUCAGGCUUCAUCUGCCAAGGUGAUACUGCAGAUGCUGUGAGGCAUGGCCACUCCAUGCUACUGUCUCCAGCUGUGGCAUAGUAGGCAUGGGGUUGUCCCCAUGCUGCCGUGGGGAUAGGCAUGAUCCCUUGCUGUGGCUGUGUCCCUGUGUGUCCAUGAUACUUGCUGACAUCCCUGUGCCGCCACAGAUGGACAAGUGUCACCUGUGUCCCCCAACUCACUGGGUGACCCUGUGUCACCAGAGUUGGGACCUCUGUUGCCUUAGCAGCUCUGUCCCCCAUGUCCUCUUGUGACUGUGGCCUCCAUAUGCCCACAUUCUCCGUGUCCCUGUGUCACCAUAUCAGCUGUGCCCUCCAUGUCCCUUGUGUUCCCAUACUGCCUAUAUCCUUCAUGUCCCCCUACGUCUCCCAACUCCCUGUGUUCCCAUGUGCUCCUCCUCCACGUCUGCAAGGAGUCCGAGUACCACUAUGAGUACACAGCAUGUGACAGCUCAGGCUCACGCUGGAGGGUGGCUGUACCACACACACCUGGACUCUGCACUGGCCUGCCUGACCCUGUCAGAGGCACUGAGUGCUCAUUCUCCUGCAAGGCGGGUGAGUUCCUGGAGAUGCAGACACAGAUGUGUCGGCCCUGUGCUGCGGGCACUUACUCGCUGGGCACUGGUGUUCGCUUCGAUGAGUGGGACGAGGUGCCCCAUGGCUUCGCCAAUGUGGCCACCAACCUGGAGGUGGAUGACAGCUUGGGCGAUGUGGCAGAGAACUGCACAGCGUCAACGUGGGUGCCACUGGGGGACUACGUGGCCUCCAACACGGAUGAGUGCACAGCCACCCUCAUGUAUGCUGUGAGCCUCAAGCAGUCGGGGACUGUGACCUUCGAGUACAUCUACCCUGACAGCAGCAUCGUCUUUGAAUUCUUCGUGCAGAACGACCAGUGCCAGCCCACGACGGAGGAGUCCCGCUGGAUGCGGACGACAGAGAAGGGCUGGGAAUUCCACAGCGUGGAGCUGAGCCGCGGGAACAACGUGCUGUACUGGCGGACCACCGCCUUCUCCGUCUGGUCCAAGGUGCCUAAACCGGUGCUGGUGAGGAACAUCGGCAUUACAGGGGUGGCCUUCACUUCCGAGUGCUUCCCCUGCAAGCCCGGCACCUUCGCCCCCGCCGCCGGCUCAACCGCCUGCCAGCCCUGUCCCGCCGACACCUUCUCCGGCAAAGGGGCCACCGCCUGCCAGCCCUGCGACCCCGACACCUACGCCGAGCCCGGCUCGGGGUCCUGCAAACCACGUCCCCCCUGCACGGACAAGGAUUUCUUCUAUACCCACACGGCCUGCGACGCCGACGGGAAGACUCAGCUGAUGUACAAGUGGGCAGAGCCCAAGAUCUGCAGCGAGGAGCUGCCGCAGGCCACCCGGCUGCCACCCUCGGGGAUCAAGACCCGGUGCCCCCCCUGCAACCCUGGCUUCGCCAAAGGCAACGGCAGCACCUGCCAGCCCUGUCCCUAUGGCUCCUAUUCCAACGGCUCCGCCUGCCUCAGCUGCCCAGAGGGCACUGAGCCAGCGCUGGGCUUCGAGUACAAGUGGUGGAACGUGCUGCCCCCCAACAUGGAGACCACCGUGCUCAGUGGCAUCAACUUCGAGUACAAGGGCAUUGCAGGCUGGGAGGUAGCUGGGGACUACAUUUACACGGCAGCUGGAGCCUCUGACAGCGAUUUCAUGAUCCUCACACUGGUGGUCCCUGGCUUCAGCCCUCCAAGCCCAGUGCUGGAGGACACAGAGAGCAGAGAGGUGGGCAGGAUCACCUUUGUUUUCGAGACACUGUGCAGCGUUGGCUGUGAACUCUACUUUAUGGUGGGUGUCAACUCACGCACCAACACUCCUGUGGAGACAUGGACAGGCUCCACAGGGAAACAAUCCUACACCUACCUGGUAGAGAAGAAUGCAACCAUGAGCUUCACCUGGGCCUUCCAGCGCACCCCCUACCACGAGGCGGGCCGGCGGUUCACCAGUGAUGUGGCCAAGCUGUACAGCAUCAACGUCACCAACGUGCAGGGGGGGGUGGCCUCCUUCUGCCGCCGCUGUGCCCCCCAGCCCACUGGGUCCUGUGCCCCAUGUUCCCCUGGCAGUGCUGUAGACCCUAGCUCAGGCACCUGCCAGCCCUGCCCACCUGGAACCUACCUGCAGGGUCACCCCUCCGAUGGGACACCCACCUGCCAGCCCUGUGGCCCUGGCACAUGCAGCAACCAGCUGCGAUCGCUAUGCUACAACAACUGCAGCCUGGCACUGGCACUGCCAGGCCGGAUGCUGCGCUUUGAGUUCCCAUCACUGGGCAUGGGUGCCGGGGUGGGCACCAGACCCAGCUUCACCCCCAAGGGGCUGCCCUACAGCCACCACUUCCGCCUUAGCCUCUGCGGACACCAGGGCAGGAAGAUGGCCUCAUGUGCUGACAAUGUGACGGCAGGUCGGGGGGGCCCUGCCCGCGUGGUCACCUCUUAUGUGUGCCAGGCCAUUCUGGUGCCCCCUGACGUCACCGGUGCCCGCGCAGCUGUGUCUUCCCAGCCCGUUAGCCUGGGUGACCACCUGCUGGGUGUCACCACCAGCUCUGUGCUGGGCAGCAUUGUGUCUCCCCCAGAGCUCUUCCCCCCCGGCCACUCUGACCUGCCUGACAUCAUCUUCUUCUUCAGGUGCAGGUCCAACGACAUGACACAGCCCUGCACUGGUGGCCGGGCCACCACCAUCCGCCUGCGCUGUGAUCCCCUGCACCUUGGCACUGGCACCUUGGCUGUCCCCAGCAAAUGCCCCGAGGGCACCUGCGACGGCUGCACCUUCCAUUUCCUGUGGGUGACGGCCGAGGGAUGUCCCCGCUGCUCCAGCUCCCACCACCGCCCCAUCGUCGGCGCCUGCAUCGGCGGCGUUCAGAAAACCACCUAUGUGUGGCGGGAGCCCCGGCUGUGCCACGGUGGGGACGCCCUGCCGCCGCAGGUGAUCCAGGCGUGCCGCAGCGUGGAUUUUUGGCUAAAAGUGGGAAUUUCCACUGGGACGUGCGUGGCCGUCUUGCUGGCCGCGCUCGCCGCUUAUUUCUGGAAAAAGACUCAAAAGUUGGAGUACAAAUAUUCCAAGCUGGUGAUGGACGCGGCGGCCCGGGAGAGCGACGCGACAUCGCCCGACAGCUGCGCCAUCAUGGAGGGGGAAGACGCGGAGGACGAGCUACUCUUUGCCACCGAAAUGUCACUUUUUGGAAAACUUAAAGCCCUGACGGCCAAGGAGGGCUCCGGGCCUCAAUUUCCCCACCCCACAGCGGAUGCCGGAUGGAUUCGACUCGGUCCCGCUCAAGAGCUCAUCCAGCAGCACCAAUCAGGAGCUGUAAUAGGACGGGGGGCACCUUCGCAUCCCCCAGCCCUCCCAGGAGCUGAGAGAGGGCAGAGGGGCACCCACGGACACCCCGCCCCCGGGCAGCGGUGAAGGGAAGGGGGGGUGCUCACGGCCCACCCCCCGCCCCUCCCGGCGUGGCCUUAGGAACCCGCUUCGGACCGGAGCUUCGUUACGGCUUUUGUAUGUGUGUGGCCCCCCCAUGUCCUCCAUCCCGAGCACCUAAAAAUGCCAAAUA